UCCGCCGUCGACCUCCGGUCUGGUGGCCAGGCCUGAGCAAUCGGAGGCCGAGCGCCGAGCGUGACGGAACGGGGACCUGAGGGCGUCCGCGGCGCACCCGCCGUUGCCUGCCCCCUCCUCCUCCCCUGCCCUCCGCGGAACCCGACGAGUCUCCAAGUCUUCGUCUGAAGUGUGUCCUCGCCCAACCGUGCGUGCUCUCCCGGCGUCUCCAAGCCCACCUCCCGGGGGUGUCCUCCUCCCGGGGCUCUCCAAGCCGUUUCCCCGCCCGGGGUCUCCAAGCCCUCCUCCCAGGGACUCCGCACCCUCUUCUGUGGGGUUUCCAUGCCCCUCUCCCCCGGCCCAUGCCACACUGGAGGGCACUGGGUCCAGUUGGUGCUCAGUACACAUGUAUCCGUUAGGCCCUGCUGCUUUGUUUACAACCUUCAAUUUCCCUAGAGAACGUUACGUCCAGUGGGCAAGAAGUAAGAUCUUAACCAGCCCUGUGGAGAUACCUGAUUCUGAAAGAGUGGAAUUAGCAGUGAGGUUCAUUCAUGAGGAUUAAGUCUGAAGAAGAUUUUGCAGCAACUUACAUUGGUAAACAACUCUGAAUGUGUCUGAUGCAGGAAGAAGUGUCCAGACAAGAGGUUUUUUUGUCACAUGAUUUCACAAAAAAUAGUACGAUGUCGGGUUGCUCACCAUUUAAGAUGCGACUAGUUCAUCUGGACCUGAAAGGAGCCCCACCGAGGGUCUGCUACCUCUCGGAGAUUUUCCCCCUGUUCCGUGCCCUGGGUGCCAACGGCCUCCUCAUCGAGUAUGAAGACAUGUUUCCCUAUGAGGGCCACCUGAGGCUGCUGAGGGCCAAGCACGCAUACAGCCCCUCCGAAAUCAAAGAGAUCCUGCAUCUGGCCACACUGAAUGAGCUGGAGGUCAUUCCCUUGGUGCAGACAUUUGGGCACAUGGAGUUUGUGCUGAAGCACGAGGCUCUCGCUCACCUCCGGGAAGUGGCACUUUUCCCCAACACCCUGAAUCCCCACAAGGCGGAGUCCCUGGCACUGGUUGGAGCCAUGAUUGACCAGGUGAUGGCGCUGCACCCGGGCGCCCGGUGGCUCCACAUCGGCUGUGACGAGGUCUACUACCUCGGAGAGGGUGAGGACUCAAGACAGUGGCUGCAGCAGGAGCCCAACACCAGAGCAGAGCUGUGUCUGUCCUACAUGGAGGCAGUGGCCAGCCAUGUGCAGGCUCGGCACCCGACCACGACGCCCCUGGUGUGGGACGACAUGCUGCGGGACAUCCCCGAGGACCAGCUCUCAGCAUCGAGAGUGCCGCAGCUGGUGGAGCCUGUGCUCUGGGACUACGGGGCCGACCUGGACGUCCACAGCAAGGCGCUCCUCAUGGAGAAGUACCGGAAGAGCGGCUUCUCCUGGCUCUGGGCCGCCAGUGCCUUCAAGGGAGCCACGGGGGCAAGCCAGGCCCUGACCCCCAUCGAGCACCACCUCAGAAACCACAUGCAGUGGCUGCAGGUGGCGGGCAGUGUGCCAGCGGACACGCUGCAGGGCAUCGUCCUGACUGGCUGGCAGAGGUAUGACCACUUCUCUGUGCUGUGCGAGCUGCUGCCCGUGGGAAUCCCGUCCCUGGCUGUCUGUCUGCAGGUGCUUCUACAUGGAGGCUUUGCCGAAAACGUUAAAGCAAGAGUGGAGAACUUUCUUGGGACUUCGAGCUUGGAAGCAACGGAUUUUAGGAGUGAGAGGGCCGGCUCCUUCCCUGGCAGCGACAUCUUGAACCUCAUCACACAAGUCAGCCUCCAUCUGUGCAGCUCCGUGGAUGCGCUGCUGGAGAGGGACAGGUAUGUGACCGGCUGGUUCAGCCCCUACCAUCGCAGGCGGAAGUUCAUCCACCCCGUCAUGAUCCAGCACAUCCAGCCCCAGGCGCACAGUCUCCUGGCCAGGUGGAGCGUUCUCGUGGGGGAGCUGGAGGCUGCCCUGCAGCGUGUCUUCUACCCAGAUGCAGUGGAGGAGUGGCUGGAGGAAAACGUGCGCCCCAGCCUGCGGCGGCUGCAGGCUCUGCUGCAGGAUCUGGGUGAGGCAGCCGGCCCCAGGCCCGACUCGGGUCAGGACCCCUGAGGGGAGGGGGCCAAGCUCAGGCUGUCGGCCUCCCUGCACCCUCAUCCAGCUGCACCCGGCCCCACGUGCGCCUCCUGAGCCCUGGGCAGCCGUGCCAGCAGACAGCGCCCACAGAAACAAGAGUAAACAUGGAAGGAAAAGACACUCUGGGCCUAUACAAUGAUCAGCAUUAGAACUUUAAUUCUUUCAAAAUAAAAAGGAGAGUGGAAGCCAGAAAUCUCAAA